UAAUUACUUUAUGUUCUCACUAGUGAACAAAACCAUGAAGUUCAUUGCACUCUUCAGAACCACUAGUGUACGUCCUACUCUUCCUGAAAUAACUGGGCCUUUGCAAUUCCUUUCCUUUCAACCUGACUUUGUUCCAAGAGAUCCCAAGGCCAAGCCUAAAAGUUCCAAAUAUCCACCCGUCUAUGAUCCAUAUGGCCCUAAAACUCCACCUUCUGAAAAUAUAAUUCUGCUUGCCGAAAGAAUUGCUUCCCUACUCCCUGAAGAACGUGUUCAGAUCGGUCCCACUCUCAGAGAUACACUUAGGCAUCCGAAGAUGCAACCAAUUUCAGUUGAUGGCAUGGACUUGGGUCCCCUGGGAGGGAUAAAUACUGAAUCUACAAAGGCUGAAGAGAAGAAGGCUGAGAAAACUGCAUUUGAUAUGAAGUUAGGGAAAUUUGAUGCUGCUGCAAAAAUCAAGGUAAUCAAAGAGGUCAGGGCUUUUACGAGCCUGGGAUUGAAGGAAGCCAAGGACCUGGUUGAAAAGGUACCUGUUUUGCUCAAACAUGGAGUGGCCAAAGAGGAGGCAAAUGCUGUGAUAGAGAAGAUGAAGGCUGCUGGGGGAGUUGCUAUGAUGGAAUGAAAUUUGUUGCUUGUUUUGUAGUUUUUGUUUUGUUCCAACGAGUUAUUUCAUUGUUGGAAAGUGGUAUUUCUCAAUAUUCUACUUCCAGACAUUUGAUUUAGAGUAGAGCUAUUAACCAGAAAAUGAUGUUUGCUUC